CUUUGUGGGUUACAGAGUCGAAGCUCUGGGCUUCCCAUGCAUAGAUGCAGUUGCUUCCAUGCCCAAGCCGCCUGAGAUCUCUCCUCUUAUCCUGCAAAGAUAAAGCAUCCACAGCUAAAAUUCAUGCUCUUAUGAUAUUGACGGGUACCAUUACUCAUGGAAACUCCAAUGCCCGACUUAUAGCAACGUAUGCACGAAUUGGAGAUAUUGUGUCAGCCCGUAAGGUGUUCGAUAAAUUGUCUCAAAGAGGUAUACAUGCAUGGAAUGCCAUGAUAAUCGCGUAUUCUCGUCAAUAUUGCCCAUCUGAAGUCGUAAGUUUAUAUCAUCAGAUGAUAUUAGAUAGAGUUAGACCUGAUAGCUCGACUUUCACUGUUGCCCUUAAGGCAUGUGCAAGCACAUUGGACUUGAAAACUGGUGAAGAAAUAUGGUCUAAAGCGGUAAAUUGCGGAUACGAAUAUGAUGUGUUUGUGGGUUCAUCUGUUUUGAAUUUGUACGCCAAGUGUGGGAAGAUGGAUGAAGCAGUGGUGGUUUUCAAUAAGAUGCCUAGAAGGGACCUUGUUUGUUGGACAACAAUGGUAACAGGGUUUGUGCAGAGUGGAAGGCCAAUGGAAGCAGUUGAUAUGUAUAAGAGAAUGCAAAAUGAGGGAAUGGAAUUUGAUGGGGUUGUGCUGAUGGGGUUAGUGCAGGCUUGUGCAAGUCUUGGGGACUUGAGGUUGGGUCUCUCUGUUCACGGGUUUAUGAUUCGGACAGGUCUUCCUAUGGAUGUUAUGGUUCAAACCAGCCUUGUGCAUAUGUAUGCUAAGAGUGGACAUUUGGAGCUAGCUUCUUGUGUGUUCAAUAAGAUGCCUUACAAGAAUGCCAUUUCUUGGGGUGCUUUGAUUUCUGGCUUUGCUCAAAAUGGUUUUGCAGGGCAUGCACUUGAAAUGUUGGUAGAGAUGCAGGGCAGCGGAUUUGAACCCGACUCAGUGUCUCUUGUGUGCGCACUUCUAGCAUGUUCACAAGUUGGAUUUUUGAAAUUGGAUUGUUUCCAGAGACUUGAUCUCUUGGAAUGCCAUGAUUGCAAGCUAUGGGAUUCAUGGGCAUGGAGAGGAAGCUCUAGCACUCUUCCUCCAGAUGACGGAGACGAACGUAAAACCUGAUCAUGCUACUUUUGCUUCUCUUCUUUCAGCCUU